GAGCGAGCGACACCCAUGACAGAUGGAUCCUUCACCAGGUGUCAACUAGUAACAGCUGCCAUGCCAAGUGCCAACUAUUUGACAGGUUCUGUUUGCAAACAUGGGGCUCUUCUGUUGCCCGGCUUUUUCUCAUCUUGCUGCUGCCUUCUUCGUCUUCGUCUUCUCCCAUCCCCUCCUCCUCCCACUGCGCCACAACACGCCAUUCCUGGCCAUUUCCUGCUUGCAAAGCGGAAGCCGCCCAUGGCCACGCGGCCGUCGCUGCGGUCGAGCGACGGCGCGCGCCCAAGAAGCAGGAGCGGGACCGGCACUGGCAGGCCCCCGUCGAGCCCACGCAGCUCCGACCCGUCGCGCCCGUCCGCCGCCGCCGCCACGGCGGCGGCGGCGGCGGCGUCCGACAAGCCGAUGCCGUCCUUCCUCCGCCCCACCGUGAGCUCGUCGAUGCACAGCUCCUCGUCGUCUUCCUCGCUGGCGUCGCCCUCCCCCUCUUCGUCGUCCUCCGCCACGGCCGCCGGUGCCGGCGGCUCCAAGGGCACUGCCGCCACGGCGAAGCGGUCUGCCGAUAAGGCCCCGGCGCAGCCGGUGGGCGCGUCCCGGCCGAUCACGCCCAAGGACAAGGCCCCCGCGCAGCCUGUGGGCGGGCCGCGGCCGAUCACGCCCAAGAAGGACAAGGCCCCGGUGCAGCCUGUGAGCGCGCCGCGGCCGAUCACGCCCAAGGACAAGGCCAAGGCCAAAGCGCCGGUGGCGGCGUCGACAUCCUCGUCGCGGUGGGCCGCGGUGUCGCCGAGGCAGCUGAUGCAGAGGGCGUCCAACGCGUUCAAGGCCAGCAGCAGGUCCCGCAGCAAGAAGAGCAAGGAGGAGGCGGCGACCUCGGCGUCCGGAAGCAAGGGCGGCGCUGGUGCCACCUCCGCCAGGGCCAAAGACCAGACGGCGAGAGCACAGCCCGUCGAGGAGCAGAGCCAGCAGCCGGAGACGCCCGCCGAGCCGUCGCCUGCCGUGACUCCCGUGGAAGUAGAGGAUCCUGUGCUGUUGGACUCCGAAGCUGCUGACCAGAACGAACAGGACGUCCCGACGUCGCAGGAGGCUGUCAGUACUGACAUCACGACCGUGCCGGUGAGGUAUCACAAGGAGCAGGUCGGCGCAGGACAGCCGAAGGGAAAAGCGGAGGAGGAGGACGUCGCCGUGGAGGAGAAGAUCAUACAGGUGGAGGCUGAGGAGGUGAAGGCGGAGAAGCUGGAGCUGCAUGAAGACAGGCCGCAGAGCAGCGAGGCUGUGCAGACAGAAACGGAGGCCCAGAAGCACGCAGAUGAUGGUUCGCCGGCCGUCGUUGGAGAAGAAGCCGCGGCGAAGGAGGCGGCAGCACAUGAGGGAGAAGACGAGCCGACAACCAGCACGGUGGAAGAAAAGGUCAUCGAGGAGAGCCAGCAAGCAGAGGUGACUGAGAACUCGGAGGCGAACGUGAUCUCUGAUGAACCAAAACAGGAAACCAGCGUGAUCUCUGAAGAACCCAAGGAGGAAACGAGCGUGAUGUCUGAAGAAUCAAAGGAAGCAGCUGAUCCCACGCCUUUGCAGAAGCACGAGGAGGUGGUCGACGAGUCAAAAGUGACUGCCGGAUCGAGCGUGUCAGCUCCGACGACGCCACUUAGAGAAGCGGCCAACGACGACGACGACGACGUGGAGGCAGUGCCUAAACAGGUGAGCGCGUCGGAGCCCGUGACGCCGGUGGCAGAAGCCAUCAGCAAGGGGAAGGAGGUGAUGGAUACGCAGCAGCAGAGCGCGUCGGCGCCGACGACGCCGGCGGGCGCGGCAAAGAAGAGCGCGCCAUCGAAGCAGGCGACGAUCCCCGAGGGGUCAGCGGCGUCGGCGCUGGCGUUCAAGGGGCGCAAGGUGAAGACGGCCAUGGAGAAGCGGUCGGAGGAGGAGCAGCCGAAGAAGAAGGAGGUGGCGCGGAGCAACGACGUGAUCGAGGAGGCCAAGAGGGAGCUGAUGGAGAAGCGGAAGAGCAAGGUGAAGGCGCUGGUGGGGGCGUUCGAGACCGUCAUGGACAGCCCCCGGGCGAGCUGAUUUGAAUUUUUGGAGGGAAGGCCGAGUUGUGGUUUGAAUUUUGGCGGGGGUGUUUGGAUUGUUGCUUUCUUGUUUGUUGGUCCAUCGUUGCUUCUUGUGAUCACUCGAACAAAUGGAGAUGUGUGUCAUUGGCAUAUUGCUGAUUUGAUCAUUCUUGAUGAACCUGUUCUUUAUGAGGAGAACAUAGCAGUGUUUAUUUGGUUUUAACCGAUA